GCUCAUAAUGAAUGUGCAGUUUGUGCACAUCAGCGUUUUAUCAGGGACAGGUCCUACCGGUGACUGCCAGCUACUUACUGCACAGCCGGGAUUCCAGCACAUAAAAUCCAGACUAUAUACGGAUUGCAAAACAGGGUGAAUACAAAACACGUGCCACUGCAGUUUUUUGAAUCAAAGCCAGAAGUAGACCCAGCACUUCAAGCAAUCAACAAGAUCCCCACCAAAGAGGUCCCAGCCCAGACCAUUAGUGGAAAGGAACUGAAAAUAAAAUCGUUAUGAGUGGAAACGAGGUGAUUACUCAAGAACUGUGCAAGGAUUUCGAUCUAAAAGAUGGAGAGAUGCGAGAGUUUGAGGUGCAAGGACAAUCAGUUCUUUUAGUAAGGAAUAAUGGGGUAUUCAGCGCUGUAGGAAACAAGUGCUCCCAUUAUGGCGCUCCUCUAAGUAAAGGGGUGCUGGUAGGGGACAGAGUUCGUUGUCCUUGGCACGGGGCCUGUUUCAAUGUCAGGAAUGGUGACAUAGAAGAGUUUCCUGGGCUGGACAGUCUACCCUGCUUCAAGAUCACAGUAGAAAAUGGCAGUGUGUACAUUGUCACCAGUAAAAAGGCAUUGGAGAGCACUAAACGGAUAAAAUCCAUGAGCAGCCGCUAUGCUGGGGACAGAAGCACUGUUGUGAUAAUUGGAACAGGCCCUUCUGCCUUGGUGUGUGCUGAAACACUCCGCCAGGAAGAUUAUAAAGGGAGGAUUGUUCUGGUGACAAGAGAGAAGCAUGUCCCAUAUGACAGGACCAAGCUUAGCAAGGCAAUGAAUGCAAAAGCUGUGGAGAUCUAUUUGCGUUCUACAGAAUUUUACAAAGAGCAUGAUCUUGAAAUAUGGACAGAGAAAGAGGCUGUUUCUGUUAACACAGAUGAAGCAAGGGUCAAAUUUACAGAUGGAUCGUUCCUACAAUACAGCCAACUCCUAAUCGCAACGGGCAGCAGACCCAGAGAGCUUAAGUGUCCCGGCUCCACAUUGAAGAACGUUUUCUAUUUGCGCUGUCCAGAAGAUGCCAAUGCAAUCUCUGAAGCUGCUACAAACAAGAAUGUGGUGAUCAUGGGGAGUUCAUUUAUAGGUAUGGAGGUUGCGGCUUUCCUGGCAGAUAAAGCAUGUUCUGUGUCUGUAGUGGGGAAAUCUGAUGUCCCAUUUCAGGCUGUCAUGGGGACACAGAUUGGAGAAGUUGCUAUGAAGCUGCUGAUGGAACGUGGAGUGAAAUUUUACAUGAGGACAGAGGCCAGAGAGAUCCAGGGAAAUGAUGGACAGGUAAAAGAGGUUGUAUUGAGAAAUGGAACUCAUCUUCCUGCUGAUGUGGUGGUUGCUGGAGUAGGUGUAACUCCUGUGUCCAACUUUCUGAAAGGCAGCAGAGUUGCUGUUGAUCUCAAGGGAGCGAUCUAUGUAGACCAGUUCAUGCGUACCAGCGUACAUGACGUAUUUGCAGCCGGGGACGUUGUAUCGUUUCCUCUUGCCAUGAUGGAUGGACAUAGGGCCAAUAUAGGACACUGGCAGAUGGCUCAUUCUCACGGCCGCAUCGCUGCUCUCAACAUGCUGAACAAGCAAGUACCGGUGACAUCUGUGCCAUUUUUUUGGACAUCUUUGUUGGGAAAGAGCAUUCGUUAUGCAGGAUUUGGGGAAGGAUUCACUGAGAUUGUGAUCAAAGGAGCACUUGAAGAACUGAAGUUUUUGGCUUUUUACUUGAAAGAUGACAUUGUGGUUGCUGUAUCAAGCAUGAACUUUGACCCCAUUGUGUCACAAGUGGCAGAAAUUAUUUUCUCUGGUAAAAUAAUCACCAAAAAAGAGGUGCUGGCUGAAGAUUUCAUUAACGUCAUUGGAAAAUUAGGAUGACCACCUAAAUUCUGCUGUACUGAUCCCGACAACCUUCUGAAGACCAAAAAGAGGCACAACAGAAUUCCUCUGGUUAACUUUUA